UUCUUCCACAGGAUGGUUCAGAAGAACAUCACAAUGUCCCACGGAAUGAUGAUCAGCUUGUCAAUCCGGGUAAAGAUCUGAACAUUAUAUAUGUUACAGAGACACGUGUGAGGGGUAAUGAGCAGAUUAGAGAGGAUAUUCCUACAGAUAUCCGCCCAGAUGACUGUAACAGGAGCUCAGAAGAACAUCUGGUGUCUUCACAUUUUAAAGCAGAUGAUCAUGUCACACAAGAUACCUAUGAAAAACAUGUCAUUAUCACAGAUGUACCCUCUGACAAUCACAGCAAAAAUCCAUCAUCUGAUGCUAUGAAAAACACAGAGAAGCCAUUUUCAUGUCCAGAAUGUGGGAAAUGUUUUGCUUUAAAAAACACUCUUAUUACGCACCAGAGAAUUCACACAGGAGAGAAGCCAUAUUCAUGUUCGGAAUGUGAGAAAUGUUUUGCUUGGAAAUCAGAUUUCGUUAGACAUAAGAGAAAUCAUACAGGGGAGAAGCCGUUUUCAUGUUCAUAUUGCGGGAAAUGUUAUAACCAGAAAUCAGAUCUUGUUAUACAUCAGAGAUGCCACACUGGGUCAAGGCUAUUUACAUGUACAGAAUGUAAUAAAGGUUUCAUCCAGAAAUCGGAUCUUGUUAAACAUCAGAGAAUUCACACAGGGGUGAAGCCAUUUUCAUGUUCAGAAUGUGGUAAGUGUUUUACAUUGAAAUCAAAUCUUCUUAAACAUGAGAGACGUCACACAGGGGACAAGCCGUUUUCAUGUUCAGAAUGUGGGAAAAAUUAUAGUUCUAAAUCAGCUCUUCUCAUUCAUCAGAGAAUUCACACAGGAGAGAAGCCAUUUUCAUGUUUAGAAUGUGGGAAAUGUUUUAACAAGAAAUCAAAUCUUGUUACACAUAAGAGAACUCACACAGGGGAGAAGCCAUUCUCCUGUUCAGAAUGUGGGAAAUGUUUUAAUAGGAAAUUACAUCUUGUUACACAUCAGAUAAUUCACACAGGAGAGAAGCCAUAUUCAUGUUCAGAAUGUGGGAAAUGUUUUCCUUGGAAAUCAGAUGUUGUUAAACAUCAGAGAAGUCACACAGGAGAGAAGCCAUAUUCAUGCUCAGAAUGUGGGAAAUGUUUUACUUGGAAAUCAGAUGUGGUUAAACAUCAGAGAAGUCACACAGGGGAAAAGCCAUAUUCAUGUUCAGAAUGUGGGAAAUGUUUUCCUUGGAAAUCAGAUGUUGCUAAACAUCAGAGAAGUCACACAGGGGAGAAGCCAUAUGCAUGUUCAGAAUGUAGGAAAUGUUUUACCCACAAGUCAGCGCUUGUUAGGCAUCAGAGAAUUCACACAGGGGUGAAGCCAUUUUCAUGUUCAGAAUGUGGGAAAUUUUUUACUGCGAAAUCAGUUUUUGUUAGACAUCAGAGGAGUCACACAGGGGAGAAGCCAUAUUCAUGUUCAGAAUGUGGGAAAUGUUUCACUUUGAAAUCAAAUCUUGUUACACAUCAAAUAAUUCACACAGGAGAGAAGCCAUAUUCAUGUUCAGAAUGUGGGAAAUGUUUUAACAGGAAAUCAAAUCUUGUCACACAUCAGCUAAUUCACACAGGAGAUAAUUCAUGUUCUUAAUGCGGGAAAUGGAAAUCAAAUUUUGUUACAAUAAGAGAAUGUACAAAAGGGAAAAUCCAUUUUUAUAUCCCGAAUUUGGGAAAUAUUUACCCACAAAUCACAUCUUUCUAAACAUCAAAGAACUCGCACAGGGAGAGAAGCCAUUUUCUUUCGUUAAACUAAAGAAAAAUAUCACUUACAGUCAAAGUAAAGACCUAUCACACCAAGAUUCAUAAAUGAUGAUUAUGAAAUGUAUGUACUGACCAAUCAAUGCCUCUUAUCUAAAAAGCAAAUAGAAUACAGAUAACUCACCUGUAUAUCCACCAUGUGCAGAAAAUAUUUUACAUUAAUUUAUUUAACUAAAUAUUAAAACUUGUUUCCAAUUAUUAAAAAUAUUUGCUUUAAAACUU